GAGGGGGACGGAGUCGCGCGCGCGCGCCCAGUCAGCAGCAACAGCCCUCAGCAGCCGAGCGGCCAGGAGGGAGCCAGACGAGCUGGUGCCGCGGUGGAAACUGCAGCUGGGACCGGUGGGGCGGGGGUGCCGCGCCCCCCCCACACCCCGGACAGCGCCGGAGACCCCGCCGCCCCCUCCCGGGGGCAGUAUGAGGGCGGCGGCGCGGCUGUGAUCCCCGCCGCAGCGGGGCAGCCCCGCCCCCGGCUCCUUCGCAGCGGCCGCCCCAGUCCCCGUUAGAGCUGUUCCCCGGGAGCUAUGAGCCAUGAAGCCUCCCGGCAGCAGCGCCCGGCGGCAGCCCCUCUCCGGCCGCAGCCUCCCCGAAGCCGCCUCCUGCCUGAGGCUCCGGCCGCCGAGCCGCCUGCACCUGCUGCUGGGGCUGCUGCUCCUCUGCGGCCCCGCCUGGCCCCGGCCCUGGGGGGCUGCUGCGGCCACCGCUCUGCAUUGGAAUGAAACUGCAGGAGGAAUAGCAGGAGCACUGGCAGAUAAAGAGCAUACAUUUCUACAGAGUAACAGCAGUAGCAGUAAGAAUAACAACCAGAGCAAUGAAAUCCAGAAAGAAAUCACACUGCCUUCAAGACUGGUCUAUUAUAUCAACAGAGACUCUGAAAGCCCUUAUCAUAUCCUGGACACUAGGGCAAGACACCAGCAGAAACACAACAAGGCUGUGCAUCUGGCCCAGGCAAGUUUCCAGAUUGAGGCCUUUGGCUCCAAAUUCAUCCUUGACCUCACAUUGAAUAAUGAUUUGUUAUCCUCCGAUUAUGUGGAGAUUCACUAUGAAGACGGAAAACCACAAUUUUCGAAGGGUGGAGAGCACUGUUACUAUCAUGGAAACAUCAGAGGUGUCCAGUACUCCAAAGCUGCCCUUUCAACAUGUAAUGGACUUAAUGGCAUGUUUGAAGAUAGCACGUAUGAGUACUUCAUAGAACCAAUGGAUCUGACCCACAGUGCAAAAAGCACAGGCAGGCCACACAUCAUCCAGAGGACUUUGGGAACACAAACCUUGAGGCAAAUGAAGAAUGCUGAGACCGAAUCUAGUUCUGAGUGGUCCUUCCUGUCUGAGUUACAGUGGCUCAGGAAAAGGAGAAGAAAGAGGGCCGUGAGUGCAUCUCGUGGUAUAUUUGAAGAGAUGAAAUAUCUGGAGCUCAUGAUUGUCAAUGACCAUAAAAUGUUCAAAAAACAUCGUUCUUCCCAUGCGUACACAAACAACUUUGCAAAAUCUGUGGUAAACCUUGUAGAUGCUAUAUACAAGGAACAGCUGAACACCAGGGUGGUUUUGGUUGCUGUGGAAACCUGGACAGACAGGGAUCGGAUUAACAUUCGCCCUGACCCUCUGCAGAUGCUUCAUGACUUCUCCAAAUAUCGACAGUACUAUAUCAAACAGCAUACUGAUGCUGUACACCUACUCUCGAAUGUGACAUUCCACUACAAGAGAAGUAGCUUGAGUUACUUUGGAGGGGUUUGUUCCGUGACCAGAGGAGUUGGAGUGAAUGAGUAUGCCCUCCCAUUGGCUAUGGCACAGGAAUUAUCACAAAGUUUGGCUCAGAAUCUGGGAAUACAGUGGGAGCCAGCAACCAGAAAACCGAAAUGUGACUGCAUAGAAUCCUGGGGUGGCUGCAUCAUGGAGGAAACAGGGGUUUACCACUCCAGAAAAUUUUCAAGAUGCAGCAUUGCAGAAUACAAAGAAUUUUUACUCAGAGGGGGAGGUGCCUGUCUUUUCAACAGGCCAACAAAGUUGUUUGAAACUCCCGAAUGUGGAAAUGGAUAUGUAGAAGCAGGAGAAGAAUGUGAUUGUGGUUUCCGAAUGGAAUGCUAUGAAAACUGCUGUAAAAAGUGCUCUCUCUCUAAUGGAGCUCACUGUAGUGAUGGACCCUGCUGUAACACAUCCUGUCUUUUUUUCCCACGAGGCUAUGACUGUCGAUAUGCAGUGAAUGAGUGUGAUAUUACAGAGUACUGUACUGGCGACUCUGGUCAGUGCCCAUCAAAUCUUCAUAAACAAGAUGGAUAUGCUUGUGAUUCUAAUCAGGGACGUUGCUAUAAUGGAGAAUGCAAGACAAGAGACAAUCAGUGCAAAUACAUUUGGGGAAUUAAGGCUACAGGGUCUGACAAAUUCUGUUAUGAGAAGCUUAAUACAGAAGGCACAAAAAAAGGAAACUGUGGAAAGGAUGGAGACCAAUGGAUUCAGUGCAGUAAACAUGAUGUGUUCUGUGGCUUUUUGCUCUGCACUAAUCUUAGUCGAGUUCCACGAAUUGGUCAUCUUCAGGGAGAAAUUUCCCCAACCUCUUUUUACCACCAGGGGCGUGUAGUGGACUGCAGUGGUGCUCAUGUGCUUUUAGAUGACGAUACAGAUUUGGGAUAUGUGGAAGAUGGAGCUCCAUGUGGCCCUCACAUGAUGUGUCUAGACAGGAAGUGCCUACCAAUUCAGUCCUUGAACAUAAGCAGCUGCCCUAUUGGUUCUAAUGGAAAAGUCUGUUCAAAUCAUGGGGUGUGUAGUAAUGAAGCCACUUGCAUUUGUAAUUUCUCCUGGGCAGGGACAGACUGCAGUAUUGAUGACCCUAUCCGGGAUACUCCCAGCAAGAAGGAUGAAGGACCUAAGGGUUAUCAGGUGUUCACAUGCACAUACAGUACUGUGGUGUCAAGUCCAAAUCAAACGUAAGCUGCAAUUAAGCAAAUUUUGUUCAUGAACUUAGUGGGUCAGUUUGGUAUAAAUUAGCAAAACAAACUAGGAUUUAUUUUUAGGCGUUUUCUGGAAAGAUAUGGAUAAAAAUAGGAAUGAAAAGUUGUUGUGAUCAAGUCUCAGUAAAAUGUUUGGUGCACGUAGAUCUUAAGGAACAUAUUUAGUCAAUUUGAGUUAAAUGUUGCUAGUGAACACCCUGUUAGGAACUAUAUUUUGUUUCACAGAAGACCUUGUUUAUAUUUUGAUGAAGUUGUCAUUGUUUUUUGUACUGCAGUAGUGUUUAGGGGCCCCUCUCUUGGGUCAGAGCUGCACUGUUCUAGGCACUAUGCAAAUACAUAACAUGUAUUGAUGGUGAAAUUCACAUAAUGGCAGCAGAUCCAUGGACCACCCUUCAAACAUUACAAUGUUUCAUUAAGGACUAAAGUGGAAGCGGAGUGAGGGGUUAGUUAAUGUGGGCAGUCUUGUGUGGGCCCUCUGAAUUUCACCUUUAGGCUCAGUUUCCAGUUCUUUUUAAUAUAGAAUUACUUGACAGUGGUGAAUGUAUACAUGUGUAGUUUUGCUAGAGUAAGGAAUGCAGUUGCUUUUUUAAAUGCUGGUUUGACAGUUUGUUACCUUUUGAAAGGGGGUACUUGGUAAAUAACAAUAUUAAGUAGUAGUACUGGUAAGGGCUAAAUUUAAAAAAAAUGUGGGCAGUUUCUUUUGAGACUGCAUAAUAGUCCUCUGAAUGGGGAAUAGAUCAGUAGGGGAGGUGCUGUGGUAGGUAAAAAUGUAUAGGCACAGUAUUAUUCCCAGGACUAGCUGCUAAGAACCAGAGCUUUCCUGCCCCGUGGAGGAUUACUAGUUGGCCAAAUAUUUACCCAAUCCUUAAACUUCUGCAUACAGGCAGCUUUAGGAAUUUAACUUGAGCUAAAUCCUGUACCCUAUUGAUACCGGAAAGUCAAAAAUGAUCAGCAAUGCUAUAUUUCUGUUGUGGUGUAGGGCAAUACAGCAGAGAGCCUGUGCAGUGAGAUUCUGAAACCUUGUGUAUGCUUCCUAUAGGAACUACAUACCAGCUCUCUGGUUUGUCAGUAACAUCUAUUUUUCCCUCCACUCUGCAUUUCCUUGCAAAGUGUGUGCAGUGGGUCCAUGAGCAGCAUGAAUCCACCUGCUCAAAAUCAAAUAACACGCUAUGUCUACUACUGUUCCUCAUGCCAACAGAUGGCAGAAGGCUAGCUAAGCAGGUGCCCUAGACUCGAUCUCUGUUUUGAAGCUGAUGAUCCCAUCCCCCAGCUUUGUUGUUUUAAUUUGCAAUUUCACAUAGCAACAGCCUGGUUACCGUGGGUUUGCUCACUUUUUCAAGAUCUGGUGUGGGGAAACUUUACAGAAACAUUACUGAUUUGAAGGGACUGUGCAGUCAUUGGAGUAACCCUUAAUUUUUUUGGCAAGAGUUUGUGUUUCUGUGACCAUGGAGGAAGGCACCAACUUACAAGAACAUAAUGUACUGCAAUAGCAACACUAGUAAUUAGUUGCUACUAAAAUAGGCAGUGUGUUUGUGCAUUCGUUGCUGUGAUCUUCUCAGAACACUUAUAAGCAAAGAGGAGACAAAUAGGUUACAUCAAAACUGUAGUAAAAGACUGGGGUAGCAGUGGAUUUAUUUUGUAUAUUUAUUUUUGCAAAGAAUAAACUAUGCUGUCAAAAGGGUUAAAAGCAACUGUCCUAAAUGGAAUGUAGGUGAUUAUUGCUUUGCACUGUGGCUUGUUAUCGUCAUGCUAUGAGUAUUUUAUUUUUAACAGAAGUAAUAGUUGUGUUUUUCUUGGAUUCACACCUAAUGGAGACUGAAUUUUUAUUACUGUGAAUUAUUGAAACUGGGAUUAAAUGUAAAAAAAAAAGUUAAUGCCGUGUUAGAGUUCCCUGGCUAAAACAGCACCAAAAACAACAGGCAAUGCAGAAGUUAAGGUGGUGGCCUCAGCAUCAUUCUCUGUAGCGUGACCCUUCCCCCGAGGGCUCAUUUCCUCUUCCUCACAUUGGUGUCUACUGCACUAGUGAAGGCACCCACGGUGUUCUUCCUCCUCCUCUGGCCAAUGAGCAUGUGUGGGUCUGCAGCCUUGAAGAAGAGCCAAUGCUUAUACGGGCUGGAGGAGGAAAUAGGGAGCCCUGAACAGCAGCCUCUUGUGGAGUGGAAGGGAAGUGGUCUUAGUGCUUCUGCGUUUUGCUGCUGAGGAAGAAUGAGCAGAAGGGGCCAAGAGGGAGUCCAAAAGAGCAGCCGUUGCUAGCAUACAGGGAGCAUAUCCUGAAACUGCAGUGAAGCCAGGUGAGGUUCUAGGGGUAUGUCUAUACAGCAUUUGGAUCGAGCCUCCCAGCCUCAGUCGACAGACUCAGGCUAGCAGGGCUUGUGCUAGUCCUUUAAAAAUAGUUGCAUAGCCAGCAUUUUAAAGUUGCCACUCAGAUUGGAGCUCGGGCUCCAAAGCCUAGGAAAGGGGGUCAAACCUGGCUGGGAGGCUCACUCCAAAAUGCUGUGUAGAGAUACCCCUAUUGGCCAGAGAGGGGUGGCUGCUGUUCAGUAUCUCAGAACAACUAUUCCCAGAGGUAGGUGAGCCAGCCAGCAGGGAAAGACCACACUCCUGUCAGUCCUAGCCAGGCCUGUCUCCUACCUCCUCAAGAUAGGGCCCAGGAUAUCUACCCUCCUGUGGUAGGCCAAAUUCUGCACUCAGAUGCACGAAUUUCUGUUUUCAGUGGAAUCCAUAUGCAAUCAUUUGGGGGAAGAAUGUGACUGAGUUUGUGUUUAGUUCUGGGGAACUAAACAUUUAACAAGGCAUUGCUAAAACUAAUGAUCUUGCAACAUUUCCAUUUUAAACCUCAGUUUUAAGUAUUUUACAACUGAGCUAUAAAAAUGAUUUGCACUUUGAUAUACAUCUUUUCUGCUAGUAAUUUGUUUUAUAAUCAGAAGCUGCGUUUCGCAUUUUUGAAGUUACAAAAAUAUAGCAUAGUAGUCUAAGAUGUAAUUGGAUGUUAAUGGUGCCUUUAGUCCAUUAAAUGAACUGAGCUUUUUGGAUAUAUCUAUAUCUAUAUAUAUUUGUGUGUGUGUUUUUUUUUUUAAAUAUUAAGGGCUAACGCAUGCUUUGAAGCCACAGCCUGCAAUAGGGGCCAGUGCAAAGCCGCACUGCCACAUGGGAAGCUCCGGAGGCUUCCUGGGACAAAGCACAGCCUCUGCAAUACCCUUUAACACAGUGGUUCCCAAACUUUAACAACCUGUGAACCCCUUUCACUAAAACAUCAAGUCUCGCAAACCCCCUCCUAAAAAUGAAUAUUUCAAGAGAUUUUCUCCUUUACCUGAGUACAAAUUAUAAAAGCAGUGAUCCUGGAAAUAUAAAAAUUGUUUUUAUGACAUGCUUAUUACACAAUAUUUAUUUUAUUUAUCAUUACAGUAUUUUUAUUACAUUAUGAAAACGGCAAUACUCUUCCAAGAUCUCACUUUCAUAGCUUGUAUCACUUUGAAUAAGCCUGUUAUAAGACAAGGCUCCUAUGUUUCAGCAAGGAGUAUCAGAUGUGAAAUAGCAUGAAGGUAUUUAAGAAGCCAACUCAAAUCGUUCCUCCUACACAAGCAUUCAGGUCUUGAGCAGUCCAGGCAAACAACGCUCGUUACAACAAAGCUUAGCCUUGUUCUUCAUAAUAAUUUUAAAAACAAUGCUAGUUGCCUAUUUAAUUUUAAAAACAGCAAAAAAUAUCCACCUCCCUUUCCAUUUCUUAUAAGGAGUCUUGAAGUUUAAAUCUCCUCAGUGUGAUAGAUAUGCUUGCUUUGAUCUGCUUAGCUCUUGGAAGUCUAGGGGCUCCGGGGUCCCUAGGGACAGCUCUGUCCAUCAUUAGGGAAUUUUUUCCUGAGAAUCCCCGUAACAUUUUGCGAACCCCCAGGAGUUCACAAACCCCAGUUCACAAACCCCACUGCACAGUAUGUGGCGUGCCGCUCUACCCUGACCGCACAUAAGGCCCAUUCUGCUGAACAGUAUGUGGGAGGAGCAUGACUCUUGGGGAGUGUAGCGUUCCUGUGUGCGCUAACCCGAUAGUCCUUGUGUGCUCUGACUGCAAGGAUUGCAUUUGUGCCCAGCCCUGCACUUGGUGUAGGGGUGAGGGAAACAAUUAUACAGCCAGGUGGGGGAUCUUGAUAUAGCAGGGUAGAGGGUUCAGCUGACUCUUCUGACCAGUGUUCAUCAGGAAGAUUUAUACAACGUGAUUUUUUUAGCAGUGCUUGGAGCUUAGCUAUAAUGGAGGAUUAGCAGAAUAGUGUAGGAAAUUCAUUUUGAUAAAUUGCUACACUCUACUUGGCCUAUGAAUAAAUGGGGAUCCUUCAGUAGUAAUAUUUUUAGUUCCCUCACUUCUAGUUAUGAUUUUUUGGGGGGGGGAAACCAAGAUUUGUUCAUAGUGGUUAGAGCAUGUGACUCUGUCAGGAGGCCUGAAUUCUUCUCUCAGUUCUGCCACUGGCUUAUUGUAUAAGCUUGGGUGAGAUAAUGUUAUCCACCUUAGUUAAGCACUUUGAGAUAUUCAGAUAAGUAUUACAUAAAAGCAAGGUGUUAUUUCUUACCAAAUAAUUAAUAUGCAAAACUGACUUACUGAACAUCAAGAAUAGUGUAUUUCAAAAACAGUUUUGAGUACUUAUUUUGAAUGUCACAUUUAGAUCCCUACACCCUUAGUUUUCAGGCAUGACAGCUUUGUCAGUCUCUGAUAUUAUGGAGAAAACAGUUGUUACUAAUGAUUGACCAGAGGAAACAUAACAUUUUGAUGUAACAUAUUAAGGAAAUACUGAAAAAGAAGAAAGGCAUUAGCAGACUUAAUUUUUUACCUUUGGAAGAAUGUAUUUUCAUUUAAUGAACUGUAGGGCGUGAUCGAAAUGAGAUCUGUGGCUUUGAAAUAGACCCUAGAAGACAUUUGAUAUGAUGUGGGCUGUGUUACAGUUCCACAACAGUUGGCGGCAUUUCCAAAGCGCGUCCAUUGCUGCUCAGAGACAGUACUAGCAGGAUUGUGCUGCUCAGGAGUACUACUUUAGGAAGGGGUCAGUUGGAAAGACCUGGGGGGUUAUAUUGAGAGGCUAGCAAAACAUGUUCCCACUGUAACUUCAUACUAAAUGACAGGUUUCAGAGUAACAGCCGUGUUAGUCUGUAUUCGCCAAAAGAAAAGGAGGACUUGUGGCACCUUAGAGACUAACCAAUUUAUUUGAGCAUAAGCUUUUGGAAGUGAGCUGUAGCUCACGAAAGCUUAUGCUCAAAUAAAUUCAUACUAAAUGUCACAGAGCCCACUCAUCAAUUUAAUAGAAAAACUUCAGGCAACACAUUCGACUUUAAUAUAGGCUUUUAGUGGUUUGUCCCCUUAAAAAUAACAGGAAUGCAAACAUUUUCCAGAAUAUUCAUUUAAAUUUGGAGCUUAAUGGAUGGUUAAAUCAUCUGAAUUUUUCACGUGUAUUAGUAAUCUGGUUUUUUAGAUUUGUUUUAAAGGUAAAUAACUGUUAGUUAGUGGGGGGUUUGAAUUUCAGUAUGCCGUGUAACAUAUAUAGACAGUCAUUUAAAGCACUCCUUUUCAUACACCAUAGAAAAAUAGAGAAACUGGCAGAGAGAGUAAGUCCAGACAAGUUUUGAUUCAGAUUUAAAUAGUCAAAUAUUAUUCAGACUUCCUACUUACAAUUCUACAUGUGACCAGAAAAACGGUAUCCAUUAAUAUCAGAUCGACUCAGAGGGUAUGAAUGCUACAGAGAUUUCUGGGUUGAUAUAUCUAAAUAGUGCAGUCAGUUUGAGUCACAAUGAGGAUUAGUACAAUACCUUUCUAUAAAAAGGGGAAAAAAUGAAAUUUUAAAAGCCUGUAACUCUUACGCUGCAUGCUUUCAUAACAAAUAGUCAAGCAAGCACUGGCACAAGAUCAAAGGCUGCCAGGUUCUCUGAAAGAACUGUCCUGGAUAAUUUUUCUUUUUGCACUGAUUCCUAAGUCACCUGUACAACUUAGGAAAGGCUUGCUUUCAGCUUAAAUAUUACAGCAAUGGUGGUAUUGGGAGAGCACAGUCAAAAAGGAAAUUUUGAGAUUUGUGUAUAUAAUUUUUAAUUCCUGUUCUGUGUCUUUUGCAUGACAAUUUGGUGGCGGUAGUGGUGCACAUGCCCAAUGUUAAGACUAAAUGCAUGAGCCCCUUGCUUGAUGCCCCACAUAAAGCCAGAUUAUGGGGAGGUUGCACCCAACUUGUGCUGUUGCCUUGUAAUGUCUUGCUGUUUAUUGAUAUAGGGUAUCAAUAUCGUAGGAGACUGGACAUUAGUAUAAAAGCUAAAUUGUAAUGGCAUAAUUAAAAGUCUCUGUCCAUUCUCCUUCGAAUGCAGUGUCUCAGUAUCUGCUAUAUUUUGUACCUUAUUGGAGAUUCAAAGCACAUUGUCCAUAGUAUGGUAAAGGCUCACAGACACACUAAGAUAGCUUGGUCCACUAUAAAAUUAUCUGUGGAUUCAGGGUAGCCAAUCAAAGAUGGAUACCUGAGGGAGCAUGGCCACCUCAUUUGUGGAAGAUCUAUGUUUUGGCGAUUAAUGAGCACCUGUUAUAAACAGCCAGAUACUCUUAAAAUGCAAAAAGGCAAUUUUGCAUUUGAAAUGUGACUAUUUUGAAUGGUUCCAAAUGAUGUACAAAUGCUGUCCUGACUUAAUGUAUAGACAUGUCAGACAGUCUGAAAAACUUCCCAUCUAAAUAGGACUGACUGCCACGUGCAGUACUGCAAAUAAAUAAAUAAAUAAAAAGUUAAUUAUAUACACCAUAUAGAUUUAACACAUGCAAUUUUAAACUUCAUAGAGACGGCAGGAAUUGAUACUGUAAUACAGUGUGUCCAAACCCUCUCAUGGUCAAAUAUUACAGUUACUUCACUGUAAGGUUAGUUUGUGAGACUACCCCAAAGUGAGCUUAUUACUUUACUAUGGUGUUAGCACUGCUUCUCUCCCAUUAUGCCUAACUAAUGUUUUGUGUUUUUCCUCCUCAUUUCAUAUCCCUUUGACGCACACUGGAAGAAAUGUCAAAAAGAGAAGGUACGAUCCAAAUCAACAAGGUCCUAUCUGAAGGAACUUUCCUGGAAAAGCUUCUUCUUGCACUACUGGAUUCUGGGUGUGGAGUCUUUGCUGUCACUGUGCAGGAACUCAGUCAAUAAAGAAGAACAUUAGAAAUGGUAAUGACUAAAGUUGGGUUGCUGGGGAUGGAGUGAAGGAACACUGUCUUUUUUGGAGAUAAGUUCAAAUACUCCCGUCCUUUCAUCUUUCUCUUAAAAAAAAAAAAAAAAAAAAAAAAAAGACCGUGAAGGACAACUGUUUAUUUUUUUCUUUUUGUUUUUCCAAAGAAAGAAAGAAGGGGGCAAACCAACCAAGUGCAAUAAGAGAACUGUUUCAAAAUAGUAAAAUAGAAGAUUUUUUUCCCUAGCCUGCUGGCACUAACUUGAGUUUGCAUGACUUUUUUUUUCAUAUUAAAUGACAAAUUCCAGUGGCAUGAGCAGCUAAUUUUGGAAAGGGUAAACUGCAUGGCAUAUAUACAACAAACAAACAAGCUAGCAAGCCCGCCCGCACAAGAUCUGCACCCAAAUAUAUACAGAGAAGAAAACAACAAAACACAGAAUGCAGAGGUGGUGAUAUUAGGCUCUUCUUAUGAAAUCUUCUUCCACCAAUGCAGUGCAUUCUUUGUCUCUGGAGAGAAAGCUCCCUAUUCUGUGGAUUCAUUGUCCCUGUUCUUUUAUCUCCUGGACUAAAAUUCCUUUGGGCAUGGGAGCUAUUGUUUUUGAGCAGUGAUAAUAUAUAAUUCUUCUAUAGAAAGAAAAAAUGUAUAUAUGGAAAUAAGAGAUUGACAUAUAAUUUUCACGUACCUUUACUGAAGGAUUUCCUUAGAAAGGUUCUGUUCUCUGUGUAAAUCUAUUUUUGGUGGUUUAAUUUUGCUCCCCUUUUAAUCUUUCUAGCAUGUUGUUUAGCGGGUGUUCUGGGCUUGCUCAAAAAAGGCAGCUGUAGCAUGCAGAUCCAGGGAGUUCUGGCACCAAACAGGUGUGAUCUAAAGUUUGUAUGCUUGAAACCAAAAAACAAACCAUAUUAAAAUGUGUAAAUGCAUAUGUAUUUAAUAAGUCUCUUUUGAAUUACUUUUUUGGCUGUCAUGCAGAUUUUCUGUAUAUAAUAUAAGAAAAUUGACACCAUCUCAAAUUAAUCACGAAAGUGCCAAGUUCAUAUCUUUUUAAUUUUAACAACUAUUUCCUUUAUCUAGCUUUUUCAAGUGAAAGGAAAACAAACUUAAGUAAGCCUUAAAAUAUUCACAAAAUGCUGAAAGCUUGAAACAAGCUAAGGCUUUCCCUUUUAGUCCAUUUUCCCACCCAUUCUCCUCUCUCCCUUCUUCACAGGCUUGCAAAGAUGAUCCAAACAUCCGAGUCACUCUGAGUUUCCCUCUUUAGUACCUAUCACCCUUCAAAGUACAAUCUGGGGAGAUGCUACUUCUACUAUGGAUGGUUACUGUCACUCUUAGGGUUUGUUCAGAUUUCACUUCCGAGGGUUGGCACAUUAAUGAUAUUACUUGUAUGUACAUGGGGCACAGUCCAGUCCACUGACAAAGUGGAAGGGCUCCCAUUAACUUUAACAGGCAUUGGACUUGGGCCUUGGUGAAGUGGGCAAAGAAAAGCUUUAGAGCAUGUUCAUAAUUCUACUUACUCUGGUUUUACACUAGUAACUUGACAGGAUUCAAUGGAAUUACCUCUUAUUUAUAUUAGUAUAAAUGAGAGGGAGUUAGUCCGAUAACUCGAACUCCAUUUAGGUCUUAUAUUUCAUUUUCCUGACUUUCAUUUUCCUUGUUCAAAUGUUGAGUCAGUUUCUGGAUUUAGCUUUAAAAGUAACUGAUGGAAAUACUAGGAAAAAAUUAGGGUUGCAAUUACUAUAAUUUUUUUUUUUUUUGCUUUACUUUGUUCAAUAAAACAUUUUUGCCUCCAAACAUAUUUCAAACUCUUUCAGAUUGGAUAUUGUCAGAGAAGUCUUUCCCAUGAAAACUAUAAUGUUUUGCAGACAAUAUAGUUAUUUGUCAAAUGAUGUUUUAGAUAACGUGAUUUUGUUAAAGCUACCACUGUUAUUGCAUUAUGAGUAAGAGGUGCUACACUUAGGUAGUCUGUGUUGAUAUAGAUCUACUCCAUAUUGUGAUAACAGGGCUAUUUACAGCAUUAUUUCAACAUUAUCUGACUUCAGGGCAAGAGUUUUGGUUGUAUUAAUGUUCGAUGACAAUGAAUACUUGUAAUUUUGAGGGGAACUCAAAGUACUUGCGUUGUAGUAUUGCCCACUGGUACUUUGUUGCUUAUUUCCACUUUGCUACUGCAUAUGGAAGAUAUAAUUACUCUCUGGCAGGUACUAAACUGCACAUUUUGGUUCUACUGCAAAAUCAAUAUGGUAACUACAGUAGAAAUGCCACUGUGGUUACAAAACCAAUUAGGUGUCUAAUGUAACUACCUGUAUAAUAAAACUUUGAUGAUAAGCAUUUCACAAAUAACAUUGUAAAUGUGCGAUGUGAUGAUUUUAAUCAGACCACAGUGGUCCCCAAAUAUUAUGUACAUAUGGUAAGUGUUGGUGUAACUUUUUGUUACACUAGCAAUUUCAUAGGAAAUACGAUUUCUUGACUGAAUUUACGCUCCACUGUUUAGCUGUGUGCGUGUAUGUGUAAAACACACAAGCAUUAUGCUCUGUAUGUACAGGAUGUAAAUGACAUCACAUAACUCACAAAAGUGGAUUACAAUAAAUCUUUUCUGUGGUACUAGAGUUAUGUAGUCUUAACCAUUUAGCUAGAUAUUGUUGAUUUUCUAAGCCAUUCAUUUGCUACAUUUAGUAUUGUACACAUGCUACUUAUGUUAAUUUAUCAUAACGUGUCACAAUUUAAUAUUAAUAGAGUAAACGUUAAGCAAUGACAAGUCCCCAUUUCACCCACUAUAUUUUUGCUCCACUCUAUGAUUCAUCUUGACAAGAAAAUGUAUGGUAACUAUACAGCUCUUACUGGUAUGCUGCAUGAUCCCACUGAACUGACCUAAUCCUUUUAUAAGAGAGCUCUAUGAGGCAAAUUAAAUAUACUGUAGGUGCAUGUUAAAAAAUAAAUUACAUAGAACUAGAGUUUUAUAAAGUUUUCUUUACUAUGCAAAGAUGGGUAUUGCACAAACAAAAUUUAAAGACAAAUGUCUGAGGAACUUCACAAAGUAAUACUUGAAUUUAUUUUUGUUUGAAAGCCUGUCAACCAUGUUUUAUAUUCAUUGUUGCUUCCACUAUUAAUCUUCCUUUUUUAAAAUGAUUUGUAAAUAUUUUUAAGUGCACAAUAUGAUGUUAUGAGCCAGUUUUUGUUUGGAGUUAAUGCUCAUUCAUAUCUUGUUGGCUGCUGAUGAAUGGAAAUUUAAUAGUCAUUGUUCUGCAACUCUUAGUAAAAUGAGUAUUAAAAACAUCAUGAACAUGGAA